GACUUAAAUAGCUGACCUAUCAGAAGCCUUCGCCUUGGUUUUCUCUCUGGUCUGGUCCUCUUGCCUAUCACUUGGUUCUUUUCCAGUUAAGUUAGUUUGCUGCUCUGUAUGACCUCUCUAUUGAGAACUCUCUGACACAAUUCCUUCACCUACAGCUCCUCCUUCUUCUCCUGUUCCAUCUUGUCAGUCCCAACUAAUGACAGCAGAACAACAUGGCAUUUUCAUCUCGCUUCUCCUUCUGGGAGCAAAAGGAAAGUCUUACAUAGAAAUGUCAUUAAACAUGCACUUUAACUGCAUGCUAAAACAGCAUUUUACCUAGGUAGUUAACAUCUUUGCUCAUAGCUCUCAACUAUUUAAAAAGGUUUUGCUUUUCUAACCUAAUCUGCUGUGAGUUUGCACUAUGUUGAAUUAUGUCACUAAUAAUGUUCUGACUGCAUCACUUGUAUGUGUUGUAUAUUUAAGGUAGAACACUGUAUGUGAAGACAGAAAAUAAAUGGUUGUGGUGGCAUCUUUGCAUGUUUUGAGGUUGGCCCAGUUUGUCACCACGAGCUUCAUAUAAGAAGGUGGUUUUGAUCUGGUUUCAUUCUUUACAUCAACACUUUUUAGAUCAAAGAAGAGAACAAGGUGGGAGGCAAGAGUGUAAGUAAAUACUGCAUAGUGCUUUUUAAAAGUUUCACAUGGAAAAUAUAAUUUUCCUAACUUUUGUCUAAGGUUAUUUAGUCUCAUGUCAAUUAAAUUUUUUAUUGGAGCUUUCGAUGUUAGCCACUCAGAUCAGACGGAGCAGAUCAUUAAGUUAGACCUUUUGCAUUAUGAACUUUUUUCUUUUGGUCAUGUUUGUUUACUCCCCUCCUGCAACACGUACAUUCACAUACAGUGCAGCGUCUUCACUUAGACUUUGUUGAUAAGUUAAAUUUUGAAGCUCAAUAAUUGUAGCCACCAUUGUGGUAAAUGUAUUUAUGAAGCACAUUUAAACACUGCUUAAGUUAAAUAGUAAAAGUAAACAGCACCAUCAGGCCAGCUAGAAUUUAAAUUUCUAGAAUUUACUGAAUUUCUUAUGAAAACACCGUCCCUGCUCUGCUGCCUCCUUGCUCCGUUCAACUCCCUCUGCAGGUUGAGUUUUUUUUUUUUAAACUUCAUUUCAAUCAGUUAACAUUGGCAAAGCUCUGCUGGUGAAGAAACGGCCCCUCGACAUGCCGAGUGACACAUAAAUUGUCCACGAAAUGGAUUAUGAAAUUUGUUGCCAAGACCUUUAGUAGUCAGUGUUUAUCCACUUUAUCAAUUCAUACUUGCAGCCAAGUGAUGAUUUGUCUGUUGGCUUAAAGAAGUUCCUUCCCAACAUUUACACUUUUGCUCUCUGUAUUUCCUCUCCAUAAUUAGUUGGAAGUUGACAGGCUGGCAAGCCGGGCCCAAUCAGUCCCUGGUCUAGAUCCUGGCAGAGCGAUAUUCAGGGCAAAAAGCCCUUCGACAGCUUCCUGGAAUGAAUCUGCUUCUCCUACCCGAGGUUCCUCCCCACCAAUCGCCACAGUGCCUGUUAAAGUCGCUGAGCGCUUCAAAAGCCCUGAACCACCAUUGAAGAUGACAUUUAAAUUACACAGAUCUAAGCCUUCACAAGUCCAGACAACAGAGGCAGCUAGCUCUGGGCAUGGAAACAAUGAAAACAAUGGCGAAAGCAUUCUGAAUGGUCAGAACAAUGGUAAUGUUGAUCCUUUGGACACCAAUACCAGCCAGAUGGACCUUACAGAUGAACAGAGGACGGCACACAAAACGGAAGGAAAUGUGGUUCCUCUUACUAAAAAUGUUGUGUCCUUACAGGGUGAUGAGGCAAAGAUUCUAAUCCAAAAUUUAGCCAAAACUAAACAGGAAGCCAAAUUUAGAGCAGAAGCAGUCAAAACACUUCAAGGACCAAGAACAGCUCCCCUGACAAAGACAGUGCCAGCAUUCUCCUUUAAACAUGACAUUAUCAAAUCAGAAAAUAAAGUGGAUAUUCCACGAGCACUGACACAUUUUAUGGUUGGUAACAAAAGAAAAGGGCUUUGCUCACAAACCAGCAAGGAACAAGUAGAAAAAGUAGAGAAAGGGAAAUCACAUGAAGAGAAGAAGAAAAGUGAGCUAAUGGAAACAAAUCGGGAGUGUACAGAAGGUACAACCACCCAGGUGUUACAGGAUACAGAGUAUUUCACACAUUUAAAGACUUCAUCAGCUCCUAUUGGCUUACCUCAGACUGCUUCCAAAGUUACUUCUAGACAUUCUUCUCUCCUUUCAGUUGAGGGAUUUGUGGCACCUCCCAAGUCAGCUCCCCUGACUUCCCAUACUGGUGUCACAUCUGCCACCUCUACAGCCACUCCUUGUAGCCUACCUGCCUGUAAAUCCUCAGGCUUGCCUCCACUGCAUUCUGCCCUUAGUGCAAAUCCCUCUCAACAAGCUGCAGGAAGUCAGGAAGAGUUCCAGUGGUCCUGUGCAACAUGUCUGACCUACUACGUAUGUAUGAGACCCUGGUGUUAGAAAUGCAUGGUCCAGUUAGUAGAAGUAGAAACUGCUGAUGUGCUUAAUGUCUGUAUGAUUUACAUUGGCAGAUCAGAAGUGAUGCAUGUGUGAGCUUGUUUCUUGUGAAUUAACUCCUCAACUGAUGUGUUUUUGUUUGAGACCAGUUUUGAACGUGCAUAAUGAAAGGUUGAAGGAAGGAAGGAUUUUGUAGCGUCAGUGUUUGAAGAGAGCUCUUUUCAUAAAGCCUUCUAUUUAAUUUGAAUCUUAUUUUGAAGAGGAAGCACAUUGAAUCUGAACUCUAGUUUUGCAUUAUAUGUAUAUACUUGUGGUAUGAAGGAUUUGUUGUGUGUUGACAAGCUCUGUGAAUAUUUCCCAGCUGACAGAAGGACAUAACAGACUUUAUUUAAAGAUUUCAUGCAAUCUUUAAAUCAGUUGCAUGGACUGGUUUGGUUCACCAUUUGACUAAUUGUGCACUACCAUUUUUGUUAAAGUGUUUGUGAGUACAUUGGUGUGAUGGUGAGCAGGCUUUUAACGGCUUUUUCAUCUACUGGUUCAGUGUUUACACAUGGUAUAAAACAGAGAGCCAGCAGGUUUGCUUUACUUCCAUUUACAAUAAGGCCAGGUGUGAGCUAUAGUAGUGCAGUUAAUAACUAUAGCUAACCUGUUCUGUCUUCAUUCCUGAACUUGGGUUGACUUUUCAUCUCUACAACAUAUCAACUUUAAUGUCAUUUUAAGUUGCUUUGGUAACUCUUUCCUUUUUUGCUUUCUCACAUUGUGAAUAAUGCUAUAGAAAAGCAUGAGCUUUGGUGUCCAACUAUGUUCUGAAACAACUUGAUUGAUUGUUGGUCAGUGUAUUCCUAGUUUUAUGAACAUGUAUCCUUCAUGCUAAUGUAAUAUUCACCCAGUUGGACAGAGUCUGACAGCAGGAGAUGCCCACACACAACACUAAUGCUGUUACCCAAAAUGCCAAAGGAGUGAAGAGAUAUGUACGUAUCAGAUCUGAUGGUGUCAUCGCAGUAUUUGCCAAUAUUACCAUUGAAAGAUUGUGUAAUAUCGUGCAGGCCAACAAACAGGUGUAAACAGUUCAUUAGAGGUUGUGUCCUCAUUAAGCUUUUUCUUGAUCAAGUCAGAGAACUCCAAAGAACAACUCUUGACAGAUCAUCGAUAGAGCAGGGAUUUAAAUUGGGUACUCUACCAUUCAUGUUGGAUUAGCUAAUAGCAUCUAAUCUACCACAGUGAUGAUAGCUAAGCUAUCAUCAAUAAUUUGCCAUCACGCAGAUCACUUAUUAAUAAUCGCAAAAUAAACAUCAAGCCUAAAAACAGAAUACUAUAACGGACUGAAUAUUCUGUUUUUUUGUGUGUAAAAUGUUUGUGUUUUUUGGUGUUGAAUCCUGAUGCAUAGAAUGACGUUGUUAUCAAUUGCUAUGGCAACUAGUUUGUUGAGUGAUAAAACACAAGAAUGAGUUGUUCUGGGUUAUUCUUCAACGCCUUUUCUGUCUCAUUUCUUUCAUUGCUGUGGCGCAUUGCACUGAAUUAAUAAUUCCUACAUCUCCAGUUCUUCAUUCACUUAACUGAAUAAUAACACGGCAGCAUGGCUAUGGAUGCCAUGCAAAAGAAUAGUCUUUUAGCCCUCCAGCGGUGUGCGCAUGCGUGAAAUUCUGGAUGUAAAUAAUAACAUGCAAGGUGUCUAUAAAGUGUGUGUGCGUGUGUGUGUAACAUGUUGCCCAUAUAUAACUGUGCUUUGACUUCUUAAUGCUGCCAACAU